ACGCCCCCAUUGUUUCUCAAUCAGGGGGGAGUUUUGCCCGAAAGAUCGAAUAGUUGCUGUUUUUGACAAGAGAGACUCGUCUUUUUAUCGAUGUUUCUUCAAAGCACCGAGAACGACAUGCGUUUUAAACCGUCUCGAGACCGACUGUACAGCGCGCGCUGCUGCGGGUGCUGUCAUGUGCGGACUGGAACCAUCAUCCUGGGCACCUGGUACAUGGUGGUGAACCUGUUGAUGGGUAUUCUGUUGACUGUGGCAGUAACUCACCCUGAGAACGUCCCUACAGUUGACCUACAGUAUGAAGUUAUUGAGCAUUACUUUGCUUCAGACAGGAUGUCAGAGAAUGCUUGUGUGGGCUUUGCCAUCUCUCUCCUUAUGCUCACCAUUAGUGCCAUGAUGGUGUAUGGGGCCAUUACUAAUCGUGAUGGCUGGCUCAUCCCAUUCUUUUGCUAUCAGCUGUUUGACUUUGCACUGAGCUGCCUGGUGGCCAUCAGCUCCCUCACGUACCUGCCCAGAAUCAAGGACUAUCUGGACCAGCUGCCGGACUUCCCUUACAAAGACAAUCUGCUCUCUCUGGACUCCAGCUGUCUCCUGCUGUUUGUGCUCGUCUUCUUUGCCAUUCUCAUUUUCCUUAAGGCCUACCUGAUCAACUGUGUGUGGAACUGCUAUAAGUACAUAAACAACAGGAACACUCCAGAGCUUGCCGUCUAUCCUGCUUUUGAGACCCCACCUCAGUACAUCCUUCCCACCUAUGAAAUGGCCAUGACAAUGCCAGCAAAGGAGCCUCCUCCUCCUUACAUGCCAGCUUGAAUUCCCCUGACUGGUUUCUUCAGUAAAAGCCAGUGCAGACACCCAUCUUUGCCUUUUGAACCUGCCUUCCAUUCCAACACAUGGAGGGCGUUUAGACUCCCAGCGUCCACUCAUCACAUCAGCAGCUUACAUAUUUGCAUAGACUUAUCCAUGAAUCUUUCUUUCGCAUGAAUCUCAUAACAGUUCAUCACUGUAGAUCUAUUUUUGUAAAACUAUAGGAAAAUGUUUGAAGUGGCACGGUGUUGGGGAAGAGCUCAUGUGGUUGUGGCAAGAUUUUAAUUACUUAAUGUUGUAUCUGAGAUUUUAAAUGCCAUUCUCUUUUGUGGACAUCAUGACUCGGACUCUGCAAUAAAUUGUGCUUAUGACAGAAUUAUAUAGUUCAUAGCCAAUCACUAAUUAAAUGAUUCUGAGAUGGGGCAGAUAAUCUGCCAUUUGAAAUUUUUACCAAUGAAAGCUUUCACUUUACCUGCCACCUUGAGAUCUUUAUUUUUCCAUGCUUUUUAGUGCUGUUUUUUUCCUGAUUGUCAUAGUAAAGGAAGUAUUGUGAAAAUCAACAUUGCCCUACAACUUGAUGGGACACUUGCAUUAAGAAUCACCUAAAUCUGUUUUGCUAGUUUAAAAAUCUGUUUAGACAAUCCAGUGUGAUGGUUAAAAUAUAUUUUUUCCAUUGUUUACUUUAUUAGUGGAUGUUUCAUCCUUUCAAACAUGAAAGCUCAUAGCACUUUUUACCUUGUUUAUAUAAUUAGUGUGUGUGUGUGUGUGUGUGUGUGUGUGUGUGAGACUGUGGGUUUUCCAUCCAUUGAACCAUUGUACACCAUGUUGGCAGCCGUCACAGUAAUCUUUUUUCAUGGUGACUACUGGGUAAUUCUGGUUAACAUGCUAGAGCAAUCCUUACAUGAAUAACAAUGAUAUAGAGUUUAAAAAAAAAAGGAAACCGCUAAUGCUAUCAAUGGAUGCAUGUUAUUUUAUUUUGUGUUCUGUUUCUUUUCUUGUACAUGUUCUGUAAUCUAAUUACUUCAAUAAACACUCCCCCCCCCCAA